AUGUUUUUUGGUGAUAUCACCAAGCAGGAAAAUAAUGACGAGUACGCUGACAAUCAAUGGAUUGAACAAUUGGUCAUGAGUUGUCAAACAUUAAAUUCCGAUGAAUCAGUAUCCCAGGAGAGACAACAUCCUCGUUUGCGUCAGAUAUGCCUUGCCGAUCGUUAUUUCACUACUCGGUAUUUUCCAAAUGUCACUCAUGGUGAUUUCUGUAUAAUGCAGCAUUCCAAUCGAAUAUGCGUUAUAGGAUUAGCCCCUGGUCACUGGAUUUUCAGUAAUUGCCUAAAUAAUCAGACUCACAACAUUAUUGGAGUCGAUUUUCAGCUCAACGACUCCUUCAACCUUCUUCAAUGUAAGGUUAGUGGCCGCAGAAAGCGUGGCAGUCACAAGCUGCAACAGAGGAAUGGCAAUCAUUGCCUUGGUUACGCCGUUUGUGAUCGAGGUGAACGGCAUGCCUUAUUUAGUGGUGGUGGUGCGGGGCUAUCAGGCCGGCUUUAUGAAUCUAAUUCCAGAUUGUCAAUCAAAUUAUCUGGAAACGAUCGUGUUUCUCUUGCGCCUAUUGGACAUACUGGUAACAAUGCGGCUUAUCUGGCAGUAAUUAUGCCUCCUCGAACAAAAACAGAGAGUAGUGAAGAUAUCGACAUUGGAACAGAAUCUAUAUUGACCAAUGAUGGUUUCGUGACUGGUGGCUUGACUUGGGAUGAGUAUAAAGUGCUGAGGGGUUUGUAA